AUGGGUCUCACGGAGGUUGUGUUCAGGUUCCCCAACGUUUCCUUACCCAGGGCUCUGAAGGCUGUCUCUGGGGGGAUUUGGUCAAGACCUUACAGGUUUUUGUUAGUGGUUCAUCUUGGCAAGGCCGGCUACCAGGCUGGCAAGGCCGGCUACCAAGCUGGCAAGGCCGGCUACCACGCUGGCAAGGCCGGCUACCACACUGGCAAGGCCGGCUACCACGCUAACAAGGCCGGCUACCACACUGGCAAGGCCGGCUACCACGCUAGCAAGGCCGGCUACCACACUGGCAAGGCCGGCUACCUCACUGACAAGGCCGGCUACCUCACUGACAAGGCCGGCUACCUCACUGACAAGGCCGGCUACCUCACUGACAAGGCCGGCUACCUCACUGACAAGGCCGGCUACCAAGCUGGCAAGGCCGGCUACCUCACUGACAAGGCCGGCUACCUCACUGACAAGGCCGGCUACCUCACUGACAAGGCCGGCUACCUCACUGACAAGGCCGGCUACCACACUGACAAGGCCGGCUACCACACUGGCAAGGCCGGCUACAACACUAACAAGGCCGGCUACCACGCUGGCAAGGCCGGCUACCACGCUAGCAAGGCCGGCUACCACACUGGCAAGGCCGGCUACAACACUAACAAGGCCGGCUACCACGCUGGCAAGGCCGGCUACCACGCUAGCAAGGCCGGCUACCACGCUAGCAAGGCCGGCUACCACACUGGCAAGGCCGGCUACCACGCUAGCAAGGCCGGCUACCACGCUAGCAAGGCCGGCUACCACACUGGCAGGGCCGGCUACCACGCUAGCAAGGCCGGCUACCACGCUGGCAAGGCCAGCUACCACGCUAGCAAGGCCGGCUACCACACUGGCAAGGCCGGCUACCACGCUAGCAAGGCCGGCUACCACGCUAGCAAGGCCGGCUACCACACUGGCAGGGCCGGCUACCACGCUAGCAAGGCCGGCUACCACGCUGGCAAGGCCAGCUACCACACUGGCAAGGCCGGCUACCACACUGGCAAGGCCGGCUACCACGCUAGCAAGGCCAGCUACCACGCUGGCAAGGCCGGCUACCACACUGGCAAGGCCGGCUACCACGCUAGCAAGGCCGGCUACCACGCUAGCAAGGCCGGCUACCACGCUAGCAAGGCCGGCUACCACGCUAGCAAGGCCGGCUACCACACUGGCAAGGCCGGCUACCACGCUAGCAAGGCCGGCUACCACACUGGCAAGGCCGGCUACCACGCUGACAAGGCCGGCUACCACGCUGGCAAGGCCGGCUACCACGCUGACAAGGCCGGCUACCACGCUGACAAGGCCGGCUACCACGCUAGCAAGGCCGGCUACCACACUGGCAAGGCCGGCUACCACACUGGCAAGGCCGGCUACCACGCUGGCAAGGCCGGCUACCACGCUGACAAGGCCGGCUACCACGCUGACAAGGCCGGCUACCACGCUGGCAAGGCCGGCUACCACGCUGACAAGGCCGGCUACCACGCUGGCAAGGCCGGCUACCACGCUGGCAAGGGCGGUUACCACGCUAGCAAGGCCAGCUACCACACUAACAAGGCCGGCUACCACACUAACAAGGCCGGCUACCACCCUGGCAAGGCCAGCUACCACACUAACAAGGCCGGCUACCACGCUAGCAAGGCCAGCUACCACACUAACAAGGCCGGCUACCACACUAACAAGGCCGGCUACCACCCUGGCAAGGCCAGCUACCACACUAACAAGGCCAGCUACCACACUAACAAGGCCGGCUACCACCCUGGCAAGGCCAGCUACCACACUAACAAGGCCGGCUACCACACUGGCAAGGCCGGCUACCACGCAAGCAAGGCCGGCUACCACGCUAGCAAGGCCGGCUACCACGCUGGCAAGGCCGGCUACCACGCUGGCAAGGCCGGCUACCACGCUGGCAAGGCCGGUUACCACGCUAGCAAGGCCGGCUACCACACUGACAAGGCCGACUACCACCCUGGCAAGGCCAGCUACCACACUAACAAGGCCGGCUACCACCCUGGCAAGGCCAGCUACCACACUAACAAGGCCGGCUACCACCCUGGCAAGGCCAGCUACCACACUAACAAGGCCGGCUACCACCCUGGCAAGGCCUGCUACCACACUAACAAGGCCGGCUACCACCCUGGCAAGGCCAGCUACCACACUAACAAGGCCGGCUACCACCCUGGCAAGGCCAGCUACCACACUAACAAGGCCGGCUACCAACCUGGCAAGGCCAGCUACCACACUAACAAGGCCGGCUACCACCCUGGCAAGGCCAGCUACCACACUAACAAGGCCGGCUACCACCCUGGCAAGGCCAGCUACCACACUAACAAGGCCGGCUACCACGCUAACAAGGCCAGCUACCACGCUAACAAGGCCGGCUACCACACAAACAAGGCCGGUUACCACGCUAACAAGGCCGGCUACCACGCUAAUAAGGCCGGCUACCACGCUAACAAGGCCGGCUACCACGCUAACAAGGCCGGCUACCACGCUAACAAGGCCGGCUACCACGCUAACAAGGCCGGCUACCACGCUAACAAGGCCGGCUACCACGCUAACAAGGCCGGCUACCACGCUAACAAGGCCGGCUACCACGCUAACAAGGCCGGCUACCACGCUAACAAGGCCGGCUACCACGCGUAG